AUUAGUAAACACAACGUUGUGAAGAGUGAGGCGAGCCGCAACCUGCCACCUCUCAAGGCUUCUGUUUUUAUAAUUUUUUACCGAUUAUUCUUCUCUCCCAGACAAAGUUUUUAACAAUGGCCAAUCACAACGACAAAAGAAGACAGCUGGAUGAUGAAAUGUCGCGGUUUGAGGCAGAGAUAUCUGGUCCUCCCGGCAUUGGGGGGGUGCCGCCUCUGCAGCCCCCGCCUCCGCCGCCCCGCACUGUCAUUGGCUCCAACACCUUCACACAGAUCCAGCAACAGCUGCAGCAGCAACACAUUGAGCCGCCUGGCACCACCGGCAGCCCCCACAGCCCCCACACCGGUGGUAUGCCAGGCCUGCCGGCACCCCCUGGACCCCCCGGACCACCUGGACCCAGGCCGCCGGGCACCACCAAUAGCAGCAAUGGUGUGCCACCACUGCCACCACCCCCACCACCCCCAGGGGGUUUCAUUGGUCCUGAUGUGGGUCCCAGGCAGCCCCCACCUGGCCCCUGCAGUGUGCCACAGCAGCAGCAGCAGCAGCAGCAGCAGCAGUCACAGCAACAGCAGCAACAGCAGCAGCAGCAGCAACAGAGGCCUCCACCACCACCACCACCGGGCUUCAUCCCACCACAGCUGAGCCGCCAGCAGCUUCCUCCCAAUAUGAUGGAGGAUGGGUCGCACCAGAUGGGUCCUAUGAUGGGGGGUGGACCUUCAGGCUUCAUGAGACCCCCAGGGCCUCCCAGACACAUGGGGCCACCGGGACCCCCCAGACACCCUGGGAUGCCUGGCCCUCCCAGACACCCUGGGCAGCCCAGGCACCCUGGCCCUCCCGGUCCUCCAGGGUUUGGUGGCCCCCACCAUGGCCCACCCAGGCCAGGUCCUCAUGGUCCUCCUGGUCCUGACCAGGGGCCCCAUGGUCCACCCAGCCAUAAUGUGCCUGGCAUGGGGCCACAGGGGCCACCCAUGCAUGGCGCCCCAACUGGCCCUGGCCCAUCCACACAAAACUUUGGUCCCUCUGGCCACAACCAGAUGCCUUCCAACCCCCCUGGCCCCCUGCUGGGAGGGCCAGGUGGCCUCCUGCCCCCUGGUGUUGGCCCCCUGAGGGGUCAUCCUCCUCCCCCACCCCCUCCCCCAGGUGUCCUUCAGGCACAGCAGCAGCAGCAGCAACAGCAUGGCCCAAACCUUCCCAGCGCUCCCUUUGUGCCUCCAAUCAUCUCCAAGCCGCCGGCCAUCAUCAGCUCAGCCCCCAAGCUGUACACGUCCCAGCCGGUGAAGCAUGAGGCCAAGCCGGCCGACCUGCCGCCGCCUGUCAUCGGUGUGAGUGUGCCGCCGCCUGCCGUGGUGCUGCCAGACUCUGGCCCUGAGCCAAAGAAGAAGAAGAUGAAGCCGGACGUCCCCACCACACCGACCCAGGCGGCGGCAUUCUUGACUCAUGCACAGGAGAUGGCAGAGAAGGUGCGAGCCAGUACAGUGACAAUAGUGGCCCGGCCUGAGGGACUGAACCCCCCCCAGGGUGAGGAAAAGAAGAAGGAAGGAAAGUCUCGAAACAAGAAGAACCUGAGGUGUGCGGGUGGCCAGAUCUGGGAGGACACUUCACUGGGGGAAUGGGACCACGAUGACUUCCGGAUCUUUUGUGGUGAUCUCGGGAACGACGUGACAGAUGAACUGCUGACGCGCUACUUCAGCCACUUUGCCUCUUUUGCCAAGGCCAAGGUGGUGAGGGACAAGCGCACCAACAAGAGCAAAGGUUACGGCUUCAUCAGCUUCUCUGACCCGCAGGAUUACAUUCGAGCCAUGAAGGAGAUGAAUGGGAAGUACGUGGGUUCGCGCCCCAUCAAGCUGAGGAAGAGUACCUGGAAAGACCGGAACGUGGACAUGGUGCAGAAGAAGCAGCGGGAGAAGCAACUCCUGGGCCUUAAGUAAACACACACACACACACACACACACAUUUAAUUACUCACUACUACGCUACUCUUCCUCCUCCUUCCUCCUAUUUUUCAUCUUCCUCUUCCUCUUCCUCUUCCUUCUCCUCAUCCGCAGCCUCCUGUUAUUGUUUGGUCUUCCUUUGUAUUCCUUUGUGUAUUCCUCCUCCACCUACUACUACUACUACUACUACUACUACUACUACUACUACUACUACUACUACUACUACUACUACUACUACUACUACUACCACCAAAACCACCACUGUUAUACCAUCGCUACUACUACUACUACUACUACUACUACUACUACUACUACUACUACUACUACUACUACUACUACUACUACUACUACUACUACUACUAGACACAUACACAGGGCCACAAUAUCAGUGCGUGUGCCUCUGCUCAGUUCUUCCUCCCCUGCAAGAUUUCGAUCAAAACAGGAAAGGUUCAUAAGAAUUUGCGAUCUGACGUAAAAUUUGUACCGCCUGGGAAAUCUUAGUAAUACGAGGGGGAAGAUUAUUAUUAUUAUUAUUAUUAUUAUUAUUAUUAUUAUUAUUUGUUUUUAUUUUAGUGAAUAAAUGAGAGAUAGAAGUUGGAUUUUCAAGAGUG